CGAAGCUUCCAAUACCAAACGCGUCUGGAGCCCCGAGGUGGUUUUGCUUGAAACGCCGCCGAGAAAUCAGUCGGAAAUUCUUUUCGACAGCCUAUGCAACCCUACGGCGAAGGUAAAGCGUGCUCCAAGAGGGAAGGUUCCUGAGGUCUACAGACCUUCAUAAUAGACCGUAAGAGCGCCGCUUGCUCCCGGCUCUAUAGCGUACGCGAGUUCCUCUCAGCAGGAAGGAAUUUACGUUUACUGUGCGAUUUGGCCCCAUGAAAUCAUUCAGCAUGAGAAAAUUAAAAUGAUAGCAGCAAAGGAAGGCCUGAAGAUUAUAAUAAAGCGGGCAGCACAGUAACUCCAGGACACUCAAGGGUAAUGUAUGGGAAUGUAACUAACCUGUUCAACAUCAGCUCCGAGCGAUCUGAUAAUGAGCGUCGAAAGAAGUCCAGACCUCCCUGCGGACGUACCGACGACCGAGCCUGCAGGAAGUGCUCACAACAGAACUGCAAUGCCCAUAGGAAACGGCCUGCAGCCCAGCAGAAUGUUGUGUCACAGAGCCUGGCCGUCAGGAAAGCCAGACCAAGGCGGCAGAAUGUCAAGAGACUUCCAACAAAGCUGUCACUUAAGAACAAGAAGCCACAGACACAGCAGUUGCCACCAACUUCUAUAAGGAAAGGGGAUUUUCAAAAGAGCAAGCUGACUGCGAUAAGCCACAGCUCCACUAGUUCCACAUCAUCAUGUGAGAUACCUAGGCGUCAUCUCAAGGAUGAUGAGUCAUUCUCAUUAUACUUCAGCAGGGUAAAGCUUCCUGGCAGUCCAGUAAACCCCACAAGCUCAACACCAAAAAAAGAUAUAAGACGGAAUGAUAGGACCUACACAGAUUGCAUCGAGCUAUCUAGUUUAAGUCACAUGAAUAGCAUUGAUAUCAGCAGCCCUCGCUUUAUGGAAAAUGACAGCUCUAUUGCAUAUGAAGGAAACAAAAGGCCUAGACAGGAACGAACCCACACUGCUGAUGGUUUGGUUCCCUCAUUUCUCAUCCCAGGAGAUCACAGCAACUGGAUUACUAUAAGGAAGAAGAGAAAUAGAACAAAGUGCAAGCGCGAUGAUGGAAUAAAUAGAAGUAGAGUCAAAAUGAGCUUUACAAGUGGAGACGCUUCGAAUUCAGUGUGGGAUACACCUAUGGCAGAAGAAUGGUCACCACUCCUGGUCAGCACACCAGUGUCUGACGGCCAAGUCAACAGAGUUGAAGCAAGAAAGGCGUGGUUUCUCAACUGCGCAAUGCAGACACCACGUGUUGCACCAUCCACCAUCUGUAACAACUCUGUCUUAGUACAAAACUCUGCCAUUUUGGAGAAACAAGUCCAGGGAACUGGGUCACGUAACGUAAAGGGUAGCCUGAAGCGAAAGCUAGCCAGUGCAGUGCAGUUUCAAGCUCCCUCAAAUAAAAACAACAGUGGCUUGUUUUGGGAAAAUGUUCCAGACAGCGACGUGAAAGCCAGAAGCUCAUUGAGAGACAGUAGCAGGCACAUGAGUCCUUCGACCAGCCACUGCAGGUCUGAUUUAGAAUGCAGCAUUGUGCCUCUGUCACAUGAUAAGAGUUCUGUUGAGCUUUCUGUAACUCAACAGGAAAAAGCUCAGAUGGAAGAUUUUUAUGUUGAGGUUGCAGACCUUCAAGGAGGAGCCUUAAGCAAACCAGAUGCAACUUUCGCUGUAUAUUCUGCAAAGUCUGACGUUUUAGACUCGCAAGGGAGUGGAAACCUGUGUGACACUGAGAAAAGCAAGAGUCGCCUAUUUAUCGAGCCAGAGGCUUCACAUCAAAUACUAGGAAACAAUUCACAGCUGUUCGUAUUUCAGAAAGAUCUGCGUGUCAAGCUUGUUGACAGUAUGAAAACAUCAAAUGCUGAUAAGUGCUUGCGGCGUUCAUCUUUGUUGGUUGCUCAAAGUGACAGUGAAGAGGUAUUCUUGUCAGAGGAAGAUGUCCUACAGGAAACAUUCCAGCUUAAGGAGCUGUGUGUUGUUCCCACAGACCUAAAACAUCAAGAAACAAGGUUGAACAAAAAUGCACACGAUUGCUCACCACACACAUCUUUAUUGGGUGAUGAAAAUGAUGCUGAACAGUCACUCUCAUCAAGGGAGUUUGCCACGUGUAAAAAGUUCCAAAUGAAAUGUGUGAGAGGUCGGAGUAAAAUGCGAAGCAAAAGAAAAGCCUGUCCAGUCAAUAGUGACAUAUGUGGUGCAUCCUUAGCACGUGAGUCACAGUCCACUCACGCUAAUGAAAAUAUGCAAUCAUGCUUGUCAAAGGAGCGUGCUCUGUGGGAAAAGUUCCAGCUGAAAGAUCUGCGCAUUGUUCUGACAGAUCUGAAAGACCAAUGUACAAUACAGCCCAAAAAUGAAGUCCAGGCACACAACACCAGCUCGUGUGGAGAGUUGCUCACACAUGAGUCACAUUGUGCAACUUUCGCUGAUGCGGAAAGGUUGAACAGACGCCAGGAGCGUGCUCUGUGGGAAAAGUUCCAGCUGAAAGAUCUGCGCAUUGUUCUGACAGAUCUGAGAGACCAAUGUGCAAUACAGCCCAAAAAUGAAGUCCAGGCAGACGACACCAGCUCGUGUGGAGAGUCGCUCACACUUGAGCCACAUUGUGCAACUUUUGCUGAUGCGGAAAGGUUGAACAGAUGCCAGGAGCGUGCUCUGUGGGAAAAGUUCCAGCUGAAAGAUCUGCGCAUUGUUCUGACAGAUCUGAGAGACCAAUGUGCAAUACAGCCCAAAAAUGAAGUCCAGGCUUCCAAGCACAAAACUGACUCUGAGCAACCUUUAGCACCAUGCUUACGCAUGUGCAAUGAGCUUAAAAUGCUCAAGGAGACCAAGGUUGUUCUUAAAGGACUCGACACUCAGCGCCAGCUCAUGCAACCCCCUCUUCCAGCUACACUGAAGAAGAGACUUGCACCACGUUUGAGUUGCUCAAAUAAUCGACGGUCAGACUGUGCGCCAGAAGAGUGCAUCAUUGGUGCUAACUGCAACUCUUCAAAAAAUAAGAGUGCUUGUAAAAACAACUGGUCUGCCUGCCCGAGACGACAGGCAAGACUCACCAUGGCUCGCAAAAGUGCGGUUCCUUCACGAGUGCCACUGGAUGCCAAUCAAAUGCUACUCGAUAUGUGCCGUCAGAGCAAAGCCUUGACCUUCAAGCAAGCUCUUGGUGCCAGUGCUUUCAAGCAGUGCCUGAAAAUUGGCGAGGGCACAUAUGGAGAAGUAUUCCGAAUUGGACAUGGAUCAAAAGCGUCUGCCAUCAAGAUUGUGCCCAUUGAGGGUUCCUUCCCUGUGAAUGGAGAAAAUCAGAAAACUGCUGCACAGAUUCUUCCAGAAGCCAUCAUUUGUCAGGAGUUGAGUGCUCUUUCCCAGAAGGGACGAAACACUAUCUGCCCAAAUUUUAUUGAAGUGAAAAGGUUAUACUACAUUCAAGACAGGUACCACCCAGCCCUCCUGAAGCAGUGGGAUGCAUUUGAUUCCAAAAGGACAAGUGAAAACGAUAGGCCAGACUGCUUCAAGGCAGACCAGAAGUUUAUCAUGUUUCAGUUUGCAGAUGGCGGAACAUCCUUAGAAGAUUAUGAGAUAAACUCUGCAACAGAAGCCAGGAGCAUUUUCCUCCAAGUUGCUUGCGCAUUGGCCGUCGCCGAAACUGCUCUAGAGUUUGAGCACCGUGACCUCCACUGGGGAAACAUUUUGGUGGCGCCAACGGAGCAAUGUCACAUUCACUGCCAUCUGCCUGAGGGUAGCUUCAGUCUCGAAACAAGUGGUGUUCUGGCCUCGGUGAUUGACUACACAUUGUCCAGGUUACGCAAAGAUGGAGCAGUCAUCUAUACUGAUGUGUCCCACGAGGAUGAGCUUUUUGGUGGUGUUGGCGACUACCAGUUUGACAUCUACAGGCGCAUGAAAGAGCACAAUCAAAAUGAUUGGAAGAGCUACAAGCCAUACACAAACGCACUUUGGCUCCACUACCUUUCCUGCAAGCUCCUCGAAAAGAGUUGUUACUCUAAAAGGAGUCGACAACAGAGCUCCGCAGCAGCCGAACUCAGAAAGUGGAGUGACAAGCUCAUCCUUCAAUGUUCAUCAGCCAAGGACAUUUUUCUUAAGUGCAUCAGCACACAGUCUAAAAAGGAAAGAGCAUGCUCUUGCGUUGGCCACUGAUGAGUGGCCUAUUCUCCAAAAAUGUCACUGCAUUGUCACUUCUCAUCCCAUCUGUUGUGUAUUUAGCAUUUCACAGAUUCACUCUAUGACAUCAUGGUUAUGAUUGAACACCACUGUGUGGUGGAACUGCUCUUUGUAAACAUAGGUUCACUAUGAUGGCUUUACACAAGUGUCACAACAUUUUUUGUUUCCAUGCUUCACAUGUAAAUACUCAUUUCCAGUCUCAUUUUUGUUCACGACCAAGUGUGUCUGCAUUUUAUCAGUUUUAGAAAUAAAUAUCACUGUAGUACUACAGUAAA